UGGGAGAGAAGCCAAAGUCUGUGACGGUGUCUAGAGGGGCUGACACCACAUCUACCGGGAGUAAGAACACCGUGACAGCGGCUAUCCGAAAGCCGUGAUGGCUAGGGUUAGCGCUAGUCGGCUUGGUGAAGAGCGAGCUGGGAGAGGGUCUACUAAGAAGGCUUCUGGAAUUUCUGAGCAGCCCUCGUCAGUAUAAGAUGGACCCCGUAGUCUUGAGUUACAUGGACAGUCUACUGCGGCAAUCAGAUGUCUCACUAUUGGAUCCACCAAGCUGGCUCAAUGACCAUAUUAUUGGGUUUGCGUUUGAGUACUUUGCCAACAGUCAGUUUCAUGACUGCUCUGAUCAUGUCAGUUUCAUCAGCCCUGAAGUCACCCAGUUCAUCAAGUGCACUAGCAACCCAGCAGAGAUCGCCAUGUUCCUUGAACCACUGGACCUCCCCCACAAGAGAGUUGUAUUUUUAGCCAUCAAUGAUAACUCCAACCAGGCAGCUGGAGGAACCCACUGGAGUUUAUUGGUCUACCUCCAAGAUAAAAAUAGCUUUUUUCAUUAUGAUUCCCAUAGCAGGAGCAACUCAGUUCACGCAAAGCAGGUAGCAGAGAAACUGGAGGCUUUCUUAGGCAGAAAAGGAGACAAACUGGCCUUUGUGGAAGAGGAAGCCCCUGCCCAACAAAACAGCUAUGACUGUGGGAUGUACGUGAUAUGUAACACUGAGGCCUUGUGUCAGAACUUCUUUAGGCAACAGACAGAAUCACUGCUGCAGCUACUCACCCCUGCAUACAUCACAAAGAAGAGGGGAGAAUGGAAAGAUCUCAUUGCCACACUUGCUAAAAAGUAGCUAUUGAAGUAUAUUUGCAACUUUUGAAGGCUUCUCUUUCUGCCCUUCCCCAUUUGUUGGAUGGCUGCAAUCUCAGUGCCUGAGGGAAGAUGCCUAGUAGAGGAAAGCUUAAUACUAUUUUUCCUGAAAGAAUAUCAUCCUCUGCGUUAUCCCCAUGGAACGUUUCACUUUAACCCUGACUGGAGAGCAAUAUGUUCUGUGAAAAUAUCUUGAAAUUGUACACCAAAACCUUACAACCAACUUAUUUGAACAUUUAUUACAUACAAGGUUUAAGUAAGACUUUUCUUAUUGGUAUAUAAUUAAUUUCCUUUGGUCUCCCUUACCCACAUUGGCUUAUUCUGGAGGAAAAGCAGUGAUCCAUAAAACAAAUCAAGAAUAUAUUAAAUCUAGAGAAAUGCAGAGAAGAAAACUAUAAAACAGAACCAAAAACUUGUUGCACAGCCUACAUAAUUAAGAGAUCAACUGGCUGGAAGCAGAUCAAGGCCUAACUUCAUUCAAGACCUAAAUAUUAUGAGACUCAGUUAUUCGGUUUUAUGUGAUAUCUCUUCCAUUCACCAUGCACAGGCUUUUCCAGCUAUCUGUAUAAUGUUUGCAAAUAUUUGAUAAAGAUGAUGUUACCCUAUCUUCCUCCAUCUGAUUCCUGGAAUGCUUGAAGAAAGGGGAAGUCUUGAGUAACCUCAUUAAAAUUAAUGUCUGGUGGACCUCUCAGUUUACUCACUGAUUGGGUAGACUUGCUACUCUGGAUUAAUAACUGCUUUUCUCUGCCUUGUCUAUUAGCCAUGCACACACUUCCUCCUUAUAUCCAAAGUUCUUUGGUUCUAAAAUUCAUAGUUGAUACCUUCCCAAGGUUACCUGUUGUUUCAGAUAAACAUUUGUGCUUCCUGAUAGUUACAGGUUUUCCUCUCUGUCCUUAAUUCUGGUAGAAUUGUUUUUAGUUAUGUCAUGGUAAUUCAGGAUGAUUUUUGUAUCUGAAACUUAACAGACUUAGAGUUGGUUUGUUUUUUAAAUAUAAAGGAAUAAAAGCGA